UAUUCCUUUUUGAUUUACAGGCUUAUAUUUGUACCUACAUACAAUUUAUGUUGAGACGCAAUGGAUCAGGUAUGAUGAACAUGUCAAGUAAUACAAAAAUUAACUCCAACAUAACGAAUACUAACGCAUGUGGCUCAACGUCGGCCAGUCCAAUGGAUGCACUUCCAAAGCAGUUUGUCGCUUCGAUGAAAACCCUCUUCGACAUAUUGGACGAUCAGCACACGGGUUUUGUAAGAUUUUUAGACAUUGAAAAAGGUUGGCAAGAUGAUGGUUGCAAAGGAUUGCCGCAUGGCGUCAUUGAUUCUCUUCGAAAAGUUACACCUCCAAGUGGUCUUCUGUCGUUUGAUCGUUUCUGUGCAGGAUUAAAAUUGUGUUUGUUGCGUAAUCAGAGCGCGUCCAUCGGAAACGCAUCACCCGGUGCGAGCAGUGUUUCACCUGUGAAACCGCCGCGCCCACCUUCAGCACCUCUGUUGGAUAUCGAAAGCACUGUACACGGCAACACAACGUGGGCCGUUACCAACGUCACAACUGCCACAGUGCGACCUCACAAAAUCGUCUCAUCCCACCGGGCAUUAAGUUUACCACAGUUAAGUCCGGAUUCAGAGAUAGAAGCAGAAAUGGUGAGCACAGACGUUGAUGUAUACAAUUCUCCACCGCCGCCACCGAAACCUCCACGCGCUUCUGCUGCUAGUCAACUUGGGGCACCUAAUACGCCACCUACUCCUUUAGAUAAAGCGGAAAUUCGACAUGCUCUGCAGAAUUGGCAAAUGGGAAUACUUUUAAAUGAAAUGGGCGCAAAAGAGAAACACGACUCAGCAUAUAUUUACAAUCAAUUUCCUUAUCGUGGUUGUGCAGAUGGUGGAUCAUCAUCAGCCACUGACAGUGUAACCGGAACUGUAGGCACAUUGCACCCGAAGAAGACUAGCUCCAAGAGAAGGGAGCCACGAAGGCACACACUGCAGAAUGGCAUUGACUAUAAUAUGCUGAAACGUCUCAAGCAAUUUGAAGAGGAACGUGAAGUACUCUUAACGGGAUUGGAUGCAGUGGAAAAAGCCCGCGACUGGUACUUACAACAAAUUGCUAAUGUUCAAGAAAAGAUAAAGUAUUUGGGACGGAUAGGACACGUAGAGCAAUGGUCUGAAGUCCAGCAGGAACGGCUGGAAUUUCAACGAGCUCGUGUUUAUGAGGUUAAUCGCAAUUUAGCAACUCUUGCUGAUUGUUGGGAACGUGGUGGAUUUCCUCUGCACUUUAAUCUAGCAAUUAGGUCACCCGGUAAGGCACUAAAUCAACGUAAUGUCAGCGGCAAUAGUGGAGGUUUGCUGCAACCCGUAGAUCGUCUGCGUCAACAGAAUCAUAACCUUACGAAUGAAGUAAACUUAAAAACCGACCGAAUCGCUCUCUUAGAACGUGAAAAGCAGUCGCUAAUGAGAGAGUUGUACGAGUUGAGACAAAGAGUUGGGAUAGUUGGGCGUAGUUCGGGAUUCGUCACCGUUCUUGGUCAAUCGUCGCCUUCAUCAUCUGGAGGGCUUGGAGAAGCAGAUGUUGUUUUUUAAUUUAAUUUAGUUCAUAAAAUAGCUUUAAACUUGAAGAAACCAUGUAGAAUAAAGUGGUAAAAAAAUAAUCGAUUACCAGUCCAUAUA